AGCAGCGCUCCAUCUAGUGGCGUGUCUGUGUCAUUUCAUUAAGUGACGCGUUUGACGCCAGUCGACGCAGCAGCACCUUGUCUGUGUCAACACAGCGGACAGCAUCGCUUGUUACAUCGCAGAGGACCAGUGGACGUCACAGGCGCAAAGAGUGUGCUGCCAUGGGGAAGGAGAAGCUCCACAUAAACAUUGUGGUAAUAGGACAUGUCGACUCCGGCAAGUCCACCACCACUGGACACCUCAUCUACAAAUGUGGGGGCAUUGACAAAAGAACAAUUGAGAAAUUUGAGAAGGAAGCUGCAGAGAUGGGAAAGGGUUCCUUCAAAUAUGCCUGGGUUCUGGACAAACUGAAGGCUGAGCGUGAACGUGGCAUCACCAUUGAUAUUUCUCUCUGGAAGUUUGAGACCAGCAAGUACUAUGUCACCAUCAUCGAUGCUCCGGGACACAGGGACUUCAUCAAGAACAUGAUCACUGGAACAUCUCAGGCUGACUGCGCUGUGCUGAUCGUUGCUGCGGGUGUAGGUGAGUUUGAAGCUGGCAUUUCAAAGAAUGGGCAGACCCGUGAACACGCCCUCCUUGCCUACACCCUGGGGGUGAAGCAGCUUAUUGUGGGCAUCAACAAGAUGGACUCCACUGAACCCAACUACAGCCAGAAGCGCUAUGAGGAAAUUGUGAAGGAAGUCAGCACGUACAUCAAGAAGAUUGGUUAUAACCCUGAUACUGUGGCCUUCGUGCCCAUUUCUGGCUGGAAUGGAGACAACAUGUUGGAACCCAGCCCUAAUAUGACUUGGUUCAAGGGUUGGAAGAUUAACCGUAAAGACGGAAAUGCCUCAGGCACCACACUGCUGGAGGCUCUGGAUGCCAUCCAACCUCCCACACGCCCCACUGACAAACCCCUCCGCCUGCCUCUGCAGGAUGUCUAUAAGAUUGGAGGUAUUGGUACUGUACCAGUGGGCCGAGUAGAGACAGGAAUCCUAAAACCUGGUAUGGUGGUGACCUUUGCCCCUGUCAACGUGACCACUGAAGUCAAGUCAGUGGAGAUGCACCAUGAGGCCCUGACUGAGGCGCUACCUGGCGAUAACGUGGGCUUCAAUGUAAAGAAUGUGUCGGUGAAAGAUAUUCGCCGUGGCAACGUUGCUGGAGACAGCAGGAACGACCCACCACAGGAGGCGGCCGGCUUCACCUCUCAGGUGAUUAUCCUGAACCACCCUGGUCAGAUCAGUGCUGGCUACGCCCCAGUGCUGGAUUGCCACACUGCGCACAUCGCAUGCAAGUUUGCAGAGCUCAAGGAAAAGAUCGACCGUCGCUCUGGGAAGAAGCUUGAGGACAAUCCCAAGUUCUUGAAAUCUGGAGAUGCUGCCAUUGUGGAUAUGGUGCCUGGCAAGCCCAUGUGUGUCGAGAGCUUCUCAGAGUACCCACCACUGGGGCGGUUUGCUGUCCGUGACAUGCGCCAAACGGUGGCAGUGGGAGUGAUAAAAGGUGUGGAAAAGAAAGCCCCCACUAGUGGUAAGGUCACCAAGUCUGCACAGAAGGCACAGAAGGCCAAAUGAACGUUGUGCUGGGCUGCUGCCCUAAAUGUUCGCCAUGGCCGAAGACGACACACGAUCACUCUGCCCCUCCUACACACCAUAGUCAGUGUCUGGUCUAUUAUCACAAUGCAUCGCAAAAGCAGACGAAGGAAAAAAAAUAACCAGCGCACCAUUGGUGAUUAACGUGUUAAGACACAAUUAUAUGUAGGUUUUGUUGUUUAUUGUGGCAAGACACGCAACUACUUAGUUAGCUUUCUGUGUGCUGUUGUGCUUAGAACUAAACUGCUCAAUGAUCUGUCCAAUGAAUGCAGUAAUACAAUAGAGAUGUUCUUUUAGCAGGUCUUGCUGAAGUAAUGCUUUGUAUUCUAGCUUUAAAAAGAGAUAUGCUAACUAGCCUGAGGUAGAUUGGCGUUUUGCAUGUUUGCUGUUUGCACCUUAGAGAAAGCAGAUCUGUCUUAAAUCUCCAUUGUUAGCACUUUGCUUGACUUAAGCUCCCUUGCAGUAGCUCUCAUAAAAUGUUUGUUACUGUAAAGUUCGUGCACCUUAUGCACUGUUAUAUAUGGGCGUACCCUCAUAACAGUAAAGAUGUUUAAACAGAA